AUGCAUCGGGCAGGACUUCUCUGCGGCCUCCUCGUCUCUCGACGUCUCUCAUGUAGACGUGCUAUUUUCACGUUUCUCUGACCUCGCCGGUGAGGGAACAGAGAGACGCAGACACUUGAAAAAUGUCAAGUCGCACAAACUGACUAUAUUUUUCCUUUCUUUUACGUUUUGACCUUUUAGGUUCACCUUUGGGUAAAUCCCCAGAACACCAACGCCGCCACCAGAAGAUGAACCCCCGAUCCUUCCCGAAGAAGUCAAGUACGCCAUCAGGAAGCUGAAGGUCGGAACGGCCGCAGGACCCGACAACAUCUCAUCCGAACUGCUGAAGGCUGGAGGAGACUCGCUGUACCGACUACUUGCCCGGCACUUCUCCAAGUACCUGAGCGAAGCCUCUAUUCCUGAACAAUGGAAAACAUCCAAGACGAUCCUCAUUCCGAAGAAGGGCGACCUCACCGACCUGAACAACUUCAGACCGAUCUCCCUCUUAUCGGUCGUCUACAAGUUGUUCACCAAGGUCAUCGUCAACAGACUAGAGAAGCAACUCGACAACUUCCAACCGCCCUCGCAGGCUGGCUUCCGACGCAACUACUCUUGCCUCGACCACAUCCACGCCUUGACCCAGGUGGUGGAACGGCACCGGGAGCACCAGAUGCCACUUGCGUUGGCCUUCGUCGACUACUACAAGGCCUUCGACAGCGUGGAGAUCAACGCCGUCUUGAAUGCUCUUGCCUCCGCCGGAGUCGCCACGAAGUACGUCGAGCUGAUCGCCAACAGCAACGAGGGAACGUCCACGACCAUCCAGCUGUUCGACAAGAAGCUUUCGAUCCCCAUCAGGAAAGGUGUUCGCCAGGGAGUUACCAUCUCCCCCAAGUUGUUCUCCACGGCACUAGAAGACGCGAUGCGCCAACUUGGAUGGGACGAAGAGCACGACUGGGAAGACAGUACAGACAUCAGAGGCAUCAACAUCGACGGCAAGGUCCUCACAAACCUCCGCUUCGCCGACGACAUCGUACUCUUCUCAAGCUCCACCACCGAACUGUCCUCCAUGCUGAACGAUCUGGACGAAGUCGGCAAGAAGAUCGGCCUUAAGAUGAACGUCAAGAAGACGCAGUGGAUGAAGAACCGCUUCUGCGACCAAGGCAAAGUCACCCUUGAGGGCCGCGACCUUCAGGAGGUCACAUCCUACAUCUACCUUGGCCGGGAAGUAAACAUGGUUAACGACCUGCAAGCAGAGAUCGGCAGACGCAAACGCGCUGGAUGGGCCGCCUUCAACUCCAUCAAAGAAGUCACCAGUCAGCUGAAAGACCCGAAACUGCGAGCUCACAUCUUCGAAGCGUCGAUAAUCCCUGCCAUCUCCUACGGUACCGAAGUUUGGCCUGACACGAAGAAAAAAAUGCAACCGCCCUACGAACUUCCUACCGCGCACUGGAACGUGCUCUCAUCGGCACCACUCGCUUCGAGCAGUGGAAAAAAGAACAGAGGAGCACAGACCUCCGUCAACUAUCCCAAAUCCGGGAUCUAGAAGAGCACAUACAACGCGGGAAACAUCGCUGGGGCGGCCACGUCAUCCGCAGACAAGACGACCGCUGGUCCACGAGAUUAACACACUGGAUUCCGAGAAACAUCAAGCGCCCACUCGGGCGCCCACCGACCAGAUGGACGGACUACUUCCGCAAGAACAUCAGUCAGCCAGGCCGCCACUGGAUGACCGUCGCGCAAGACCGAGCCGCCUGGAGAACGUGUGGUCCACGCUGA